CACUUCGCCGUCGUUGCGCGUGCACGGCGCUCUGCCUCCCAUACGGACGCGGGGACGCGCGCAGUGUAAAGGAAGGGUGGCGGGAGCGCGCACGGACUGAGUGAGGAAGGCGCGGUGACGUUACAGGGGGGAGAGCUGGAGCCUCACCCAGGCUGGGCUGGUGGCGCUGUGUGUCCCGAGCGGAGGAGGCUAAGCGGGAGGCGGCGGGGAUCCCAGGCAGUGCCCGGGCCCAUCCAAGAGUGGGAGGACAGCGGGGUGUGGAGUUGUUGAGUCAAAGCCUGCACUAUGCGUGAAUACAAGCUGGUUGUCCUGGGGUCAGGUGGUGUCGGGAAGUCUGCUCUGACUGUCCAGUUUGUCCAAGGAAUUUUUGUUGAAAAAUAUGACCCCACAAUAGAAGACUCCUACAGAAAGCAAGUUGAAGUUGAUGGUCAACAAUGUAUGCUUGAAAUUUUAGACACUGCAGGAACGGAACAAUUCACAGCAAUGCGGGAUCUUUAUAUGAAGAACGGACAAGGCUUUGCUUUAGUGUACUCCAUAACUGCACAGUCUACGUUUAAUGAUUUACAGGACCUCCGAGAACAGAUCCUCCGAGUCAAAGACACUGAUGACGUGCCAAUGAUUCUGGUUGGGAACAAGUGUGACUUGGAAGAUGAAAGGGUUGUGGGCAAAGAACAGGGGCAGAACCUAGCGAGACAGUGGAACAACUGCGCAUUCCUGGAGUCUUCUGCCAAAUCCAAGAUUAAUGUCAAUGAGAUUUUUUAUGAUCUUGUGCGACAAAUUAACAGAAAAACUCCUGUACCGGGCAAGGCACGCAAAAAAUCAACAUGUCAGCUGCUUUAAUACACAGACGUGCAGUAGCUCUGAGCCAGGUCUGAAGAACUGUUGUGCAACAACAGUGCCAGCAUUCCAACUCAAAUUACCCUGUUAACAACUCCAAUGGACUUUCCUGUGGUGGUAACCCUUACACAAUAUGGAUGGAAGUUGCAAGCUCAGAUUGUGUACCAUCAGAUCCCCUCCUAAGUCACAAGAAAGAUGCCUGCUUCGAAAUGUUCUUCACGUAUGCAACUGGGAACAACAGAGCCCACAUCCAGUAUUACUGCUAACAGACAUUGUUCACCCAGCAAUGUUUUCACACGUGCAGAAACGUGUACUGUAUUCUUUCACAAGCCCUUCCUUUCUAUCGGAGUGUACAAUGAAAAGCACCACUAUUUUAGCUUACUAAACAAGAAAGUCCAAAGAGCUCCGCUAUAGACUACUCCUGAUGAUCUUGCAUCUUUGGUAUUUGUAGCUUCUUGUAACUAUUUUUUCCCUCCCUUUAAAGAAAUACGAGAGCAACAUCUAUUGUGUUGUACAAAGUGCUUCUCACAACUAUGAUUUAUUUUCCUUACUUUUCCUUCACUCAUGUCUAGGGAAUCCUGUGGAGACUUUAUUGCGCCCCUUCUGGAAGCAAAAGGAGUCGUUACAAUAAAUGUAUUUCUUGUAGUCGGUCUUUGUUGAACAUUCUGCCUUUAAUAUCUCUUUGGAGGGACAUUCCUAAGUUCCUUUUACUUUUAUUAACCAAGUGGUUCCAUUUCCCCACUCUUUGUUUACAUAGGGAAUAAUGUUUAUAGAUGUGUAUACAGUGGGGGUCUACAACAAGAAGUGUAUAUUUUAAGAGUUCUUUUAUAAUGAUUUAUUCAUAUUUUGUAAAUCAUUUUCAGGCUUCUGCAGCUGUAGAUUCUCACUGUGAGACAGUGUCCUUUUCCCCGCUUGCUGUCAUUCAUAUGUGUAUUUGCAAUACCAAAUAUACAGAUUUAGUACCUUUUUCCUGUCAGUGGUUGUUUCACAUGUGUAAUGUUUUGGUUGCGUUGUUAAAUGGUGGAAGAGUCCAGUGGAUGUGAAUGUGGGACGUAAUUUUAAAUCAUGUGUUGUUGGUCACCAGGCCUACAUAGCAGUAAUUAACCUUUUUUUGCAGAUUUAUUUAUCAAUGCCUUCUUGCUUUGUAUGCAUUAACGUUUGGGUGUAAAGAUUGUGUAUAUACAACCCAACAGGGAAACACAGUAAUCCAAUUGACCAACCUAAUGCUACAGCUUCUUUGAGGUGGCCAAAUGUAAACUUAAAAGCCUUAAAUAAAGUGGUGCAAUUUUGUAUAACGUAACAUCAGUUCAGUAAAUUUGGAUUGCCUUACAAGGGCCCACACUAUAAUUAUCUGCCACUUGUUUUCUGCAGUGUAUUAAGCACUCUGACGUCACUUAAGUGCACCUCAUACACACUGCAAUCUCACCCUCUCUUGUGCCAUAGCAUGCACAUCAUUAUAUUGGGCCCUCCAGUAGAGUAAUCCAUGCUGCAGAAUUAUAUAUUGGCAUUUCAUGGAAGUCAGUGCUGUUCAUUGUUCUGAAAGAUCUAUGUAGCAGUAUGACAAACAGGGCACUUCUUGCAAACAUCGCAAGUACAGUAGGUGGAAAACAUAAUUUGACGACGGUUUAUUGAAUGAGUUGCAGGUGUUUGUGUUCACAUUGUGCAUUAAAGGUCAAUUAUCAUUUAUUUUUUUCCUCCUGUUUAUUUUGUCCAGGCAGCAAACUAAACGGAUGCAGGGGUUUGAAGAUAGAUUCUAUUUAAUCCUAGAGUCUUCAUGUAACUUUUAUUUGCAAUGCCUCACUGGCAGCCUGUUACCCAACUCAUUUCCCCAUUGCUUUCAGAUUUGUUCCUCCCCAUUGAAAAUUUAAAUCUGAACUCUGCUUAUACACAGACAUAAAUAAAAUACUGUUCUUUCUUGUAUGCAAAUUUGUCUCAUGAUCUCUAACUGAAAGGCUGUGGCAUGUCUUCUUCAAAUCUGUUUACUAGCUCCAUUUAUAGUAUCUAGCCACAACAUAUGUCUAAAUCUGUAGUGUCUGUUAUAAGCAAAGAGUCUUUUUCACCAAAAUAAAAAAAGUAUUUGGAAUUUA